UUCCCAUUUUACAGGGGUAGUUUGUCAUCAUGAGAGGAUUUACAUUGGUAGACUUUAUCUGAAGGAAAUGAAAGAUAGCAGGGCAUCAGGCAUUGCUUUCAAUUGUUUCAUUUUUCUCAGUUGUCUGGAAACUUAAAGAUAAGCUUAAUGAAAGGAGAUUUUUCUCUCACACCAGAACCAGCCCCUCCAAAAUCACUGUUUGCUGUCAACAAGACUCAGACCUCUGUGACUCUGCUGUGGGUGGAAGAAGGAGUGGCUGAUUUCUUUGAAGUCUACUGCCAGCAGGCUGGAUCUGGCCAGGAAACAAAAGCCCAGGAACCUGUCACUGUCUCCUCCCACGUUGUGACCAUUUCCAGCCUGACCCCUGCCACUUCCUACAACUGCAGCGUGACCACCUUCAGCCACAACAGCCCCAGCAUCCCCACCUUCAUUGCAGUUUCCACCAUGGUCACUGAGAUGAACCCCAACGUCGUGGUAAUCUCCGUGCUGGCCAUCCUCAGCAUCCUCCUGAUUGGGCUGCUGCUGGUCACUCUUGUUGUUCUCAGGAGGAAACACCUACAAAUGGCCAGGGAGUGUGGGGCUGGGACCUUUGUGAAUUUUGCAUCUUUGGAGAGAGAUGGAAAGCUCCCCUAUAACUGGAGUAAAAAUGGAUUGAAGAAGAGAAAGCUGACCAACCCAGUCCAGCUGGACGAUUUUGAUGGAUACAUCAAGGAUAUGGCCAAAGACUCAGACUAUAAAUUUUCUCUGCAAUUUGAGGAGCUAAAACUGAUUGGGCUGGACAUCCCCCACUUUGCUGCUGAUCUCCCCAUGAACCGCUGCAAGAAUCGCUACACAAACAUCCUGCCAUAUGAUUUCAGUCGUGUCCGCUUAGUGUCAAUGAAUGAAGAGGAGGGCUCUGACUACAUUAAUGCCAACUACAUCCCUGGUUAUAAUUCACCCCAGGAAUACAUUGCAACCCAAGGACCACUGCCAGAAACUAGGAAUGAUUUUUGGAAGAUGGUUCUCCAGCAAAAAUCGCAAAUUAUUGUUAUGCUCACUCAGUGCAAUGAGAAAAGACGGGUGAAAUGUGACCACUACUGGCCUUUCACAGAAGAUCCUGUUGCUUAUGGGGAUAUCACAGUGGAGAUGCUGAGCGAGGAGGAGCACACGGACUGGGUGUAUCGCAGCUUCCGAAUCAGCUACGCUGAUGAGGUGCAGGACGUGAUGCAUUUUAACUUCACUGCCUGGCCAGACCACGGCGUGCCCACCACCAACGCUGCCGAGAGCAUCCUGCAGUUUGUACAGAUGGUCAGGCAGAAAUCAGCCAAGACUAAAGGCCCCAUGGUCAUACACUGCAGCGCUGGCGUGGGGCGGACGGGAACGUUCAUCGCCCUGGACCGGCUCCUGCAGCACAUCCGUGACCACGAAUUCGUGGAUAUUUUGGGCUUGGUGUCAGAUAUGAGGUCCUACAGAAUGUCCAUGGUGCAGACAGAGGAGCAGUACAUUUUUAUUCACCAGUGUGUGCAGCUGAUGUGGCAAAAGAAGAAGCAGCAGUUCUGCAUCAGUGAUGUCAUAUAUGAGAACGUCAGCAAAUCUUAGUUCAGAGUCACAGGUGGUGAGACCACGAAGCACACCCAUCUUCCCUUGCUUCUGAUUUAUUUUCUGUUGAUGGUUUGAAGGGGCAGGUGUUGUGCCACAAGAGACCACUGCUCUGCAGUGCAUGGACAAUGAGGGAAAGAAACUUUUACCUUUCUGAAGCACUGGGGAGACAAAGCCUUAACAAGCCUGCGGUGUCUUUUGAACUCUUUAAUUUCUGGACUUUUUUUUAAAUACUGGACCAAAUUCAGCUAAACAACAUGAAGGAAAAGACACUAUAUGUGCAUAAGACAGAUUGCUCCAGAGUGUUGGGGUUUUGUUUGGUACUUUUGUUUAAUUUCUUUCAUAAUAUUUUUUUUUCCUGUGCAGGUUGGGCUUAAGGUUAAAGUAAGUGCAAUAUUUUUUAAUGGUUGACUGGAGAGCUUUCUUCAUGUGUCACUGGUCUGUCCCUAGGAGAGCAGGCAUUGUUAGUAUCUAAUAAUACCUCAUUAGAGAAUAGCGAGGCAUGAACAUACAUGAAGAAACCUGGAGAUUGUGAAAGGGGGCUGGGAGGGUGGGGGGGGGGUUGCUGGGUCCAUGGAUUUGAUGGAUUUGACUGUUCCCUUACAGCCCUGAUGGACGUGGGGCCUGGGGGGAGCACGAGGAACAGACAGACUGACAGCAGAAAUCUGAGCUGUGAUGCUGAAAUGGGCAGCUGAGAGAAGGGGUGGGGUGGGUUCCUGACUGGGCUGCCACUCAUUAAGCAGAGGGAUUGCUCUUUUUGCCAACCUUUUUGCAGUAAUGCCACUGAUCAGGCUCUUCUCUUAGAUGGAUCUAAUCACAGGGCAGCUGGGAUAUCUUAGCAUAUAUAGCAUUUAACUGUCUGAGCAGUCUAUGGUGCCUAUACCCCUCACUCAUGUAUUAUUUUUAGUAAUUAUUAACCCUGAGUAAAAACGUGAAGCUGGUUCAGGUUGGAGGGGUGGAAAGAAAAAAAACAAAAAAAAAAAAAAAAAAAAACAAAAACAAAACAAAAAAAAAAACCCUCAAAAAGUGCUUUAACAGACAGAACUAUUUUUCCUGAACCAGGAAUUUACAAUGUUACAAAUACAAGGUUUUGGCAUGUGAAGGGCUGGUUUCCAAUUUGUUGCUACAAGGCUGCCAAAGUGUCAGUAUGGAUUCCUGCAGGGCCUUUGGGAGCAGGGUGGGGGGCUCUUUUCUUUUUUUGCUGUCCAUUUCAGUUCUAGUCAAAAUAAUUAGCUAUAUAUAUAAUUAUUUUCAUUUUGGUCUUUGUAUAAUGCCGGUACAUCAUUGUGUAUUGUGACAUGGAUGCUGUCAGAAUGGAUGUUUGAUGGCAUUUUUGUAACCUGUUGCUUUGUGUCACCUCAUUGGAAGUUAGCAGCAAUGGUACUCAAUGUAAACAAAGACUUGAACUGGAAGUAAACACACUGGAAUUGCUUA